AUGUCUGUAAACGACGAUGACGGCUGGGGAGAUAUCCGUGAGGCCGUCGCUCUAGAAUGCGAGCUUGAGACCGUCUCUACCUUCGCGGUGUUGCGCAUCGGCUCCGAAACGAAGAAGCUCAGCGAGGACGCGUUCUCCAAGUUUUCCCAUAAAAUCCACGACUACCUGGACCCGGAGAUUCCGCAUCGGCGCAAACUCGCCAUUCAUUUUUGCGAUGACAGGCUAGAGGCAAAAGAGUUCCUCGCGAAAUACCCGAAUCAAGAAGAGACGCUGUUUCUUCUCGUCGACGAUACCGGUUCCGACGAAGAUAGCGGAGACUUCAAAGCGGCGCUGAAGCUUCGCAACGCAUUAUAUUUCACCGGAUGGGCUGCUCUUAAUUCCUCGGAAGCACUUGUCAAGGGACAUUGCGAGGGAUUUCUUGCCGCAAUGGCUUCUGAGGGGAAAGUGGACACGAGCGCAAACGAAGUCUGUGGCUGCAUCGCCGAGUUUCUCAACAAAAUUAGCCUCGAGCACAAAUGUGGCCUCGACGAUCUUGCCCCGAAACUCUAUGCAGAGAUACUUCGCAUAAUGGAUGAGGAAGCUCUCGUGGGACUCGACCCGAACGCCAACCGCGCUGGCAAACCGUGCAAUUUUGCUGCUUCUGUCACGUUGGCAUCUAGGCAGUCCGAAGAACCGCGAUUCCAAGCCUCUGACAGAUUCGGCGGCAUGCAGACCGGCUUCACUACGCAGUCACCGAGCAAUCAAGACGGAAGAACGAACAAUGGCCAAGAAUUUUCACGCUACAGCCGGCGCGGAACUAACCCGGACUAUUCCAACUUCCUUCCGCGUGGUUCCUACCAGUCGAAGAGAGGAGACUAUCGUCGGCCGCAGCCGAGUCCGCGUCAGCCGUGGAUUCCUAGGCCAGUGGCGACGCCUGGGCACGUUAAUUCAUCUGCGGAGGAAUCAGAGUCUUGCCCCACAUCUGCCAGCUCCAGCUCAACACGCACUCGAUCAUUUACAUUCAAAGCCGGCCCAAAAAUGCUUGACAUGCUCGAAGCGGUGCACAAGACUAAUUGGUCGGCUGCACAGCUCAGAGCGGCAUUCCAAAAGAACGUUGCACUUGCCGAUAAUCUGCUGUCCAUGAAAAAUCCAAGUCGAUCGGUUGAGAUUAUGCAGCGUAUUAACGCGCUCAUCACUGAGGGGCUCGCUUCCACAGAUGAAGAUGAUGUGAAAUGCUGGGCCGUGAUCCUGGUGUAUCAUUCAAAGAUCCUCCGCACCUUGAUGACAGUCGGCAAGACCAGUGUCGAUCUGAAGCGGACCGUCAAGCAUCCUCGGCUGUACAAGGCAAUCCGUAUUGCACUGGAGCAACCAAACGGAUUCACCCCGCAUGAGUUUGUGCGUGUGUUGAGCGAGGAGAUACUCGACCAGUUCGAGAGCGCCAUCCAGGCACAUGAUUUGAGCCAAUUCCUGAUUGAUGCGUUUAUCAAGCUGCAUCGGAUUGGGGUGGUGAUCGCGGUGGUCUACCUCACGCAUAAGCUCGCCAAAUGUGCCGCUGGCAAGGGCGAAUGUCAUGAUAUGGAAUCGCAAGAACUUAUGCCGCUGCUGAACCUGGUUCGCACUGUGUUAAAGAGUGGGGAAGAGGACAUUGCACAAGCGACUGGUGAUUUCUUCGACGGCUGGCAGCAGGGCGUCUGCAACCAUCUAUCCGAGCUGGCCGGCUACAAGCUUGUCCACUUCUGCUUCCAGCCCGACCUCGUGAUGGCCUUU